AGAAAGCACGUUUUGGCUGAUCUUCAGCCUUACAUCUGCACAUAUCCAGAUUGUAAAUUGAACGACUAUCCAUUCGAAAAUAAGGAAGAGUGGUUCAAUCACGAGACACAAUCUCAUCGCUAUGAGUUGUUCUGCAAUACCGAGGGACAUGCAUCAUUCUGGGAAGCGUCCGGCUUCUUAGAACACAUGAAGAAAGAUCACGAAGACUGCGUGAAUGAGAACCAGUUACCGGCCCUACGUCGCAUGUUCGAACAACCUACACACCCAACAUCAGGGGCUUGCACUUUGUGCCAAAAGCAGGCAGUAAAGCUCAAAACACACCUCUCGCGACACCUAGAGCAGCUCUCAUUAUUUGCAAUACCCCAA